AAGCUCAGGGUUGGGAACAAAACAGGAAGCGGCGGAAUGCAAAUAGCUUAAGUUUCUAAAGAAGGAAAAAAGAACAUAGUACAAAUCUUUCAAAAUACCAAAAGGUAAACCCAUAUCAUGUGUAAACGAGUUGAAUAAAUUACCGCGCAUGUUGGAAUGACAAUCUAUCUCCGGUAACAUUUUUUUUUUUUUUUUGUAGCUAGCUAGCAUUAGGUUCCUUUCCAUUUCCGCGUACAGUGCGCGUUACCGACCGCACCGACCGACACCAACUUUUCAACAGGACGUCCUAGUUGGCGUUCGUCAUUUCUUCCCCCCUUCUACCGGUUUUAAGAAGCUUGAUUGACGGACGUCGACCCCCCACUCACUUUAGCAUGGACUGUGAAGACGCCCACAAUGGGCGUGCGUUGUCUGGAGCUCACUCUUCUAAUCUAGCCAGAAGUAUAAUAGGAGCAGAGGAUGAGGAGUUUGAGAAUGAUCUGGACCAGACAGUGGAUGACCAGUGCAGUCAUUUCAACAGUAUCGAGCUGUUGAAAAGCAAACCCACGCAUCUGCUGGUCUUCCUCCACCACGUCAUCCUCCAGUUUGACUGUGCUCCUCUGUUGUGCUACCUGCAUGCUGACCACUUCAGGAACCUCAGUACCAAAGAGACCAAGAAACACUUUGUGGACUUCUAUAACAAUUUCUUGGAUAAAGGAGCAAUUCUCAGAGUAACAGUACCACAUCAUGUAGCAUAUGAGUUAGACCGUACUCGUCCAGACCUCAUGAGUGAGGACCAGCAGAAGCGAUUUGCUCAGGAAAUACAGAACAUGCAAACCAUGGAGGUCCUGCGGCAGCUUGAAGACUUCAGGCAGAAGAGGAUGAUGGGAAUGACCCCCAAUGAACUAGAGCUGAAUGAGGUGGAGAAUCACUAUCCAACAGACCGCGUUCCCAGAGACAUGAAGGAGAAAGCAGUGGCUGAGAGACUUCUAGAGAAGUUGACUGACACCAACCCUGCGAUUGUUGCAGAUGAAGAUAAAUGUUCUGCCAUCUUUAGUGCAGUGGCUUUCUACAUGAAGAUGCUGGGAGUGAAGAGCAGACCACCAGACAGCAAGAAGGGCAAAGGAUUUUUCAGGAGGAAGGUUCCAAAGAAGGAAGACAAGUCCAAGGUCCUCAGUAUCUUGAGAAUCGGAGGUGGCAGCAAUGAGGUCAAAAUGAAAUUGGACAAUGAAGGUGAUAAGGACAGGAGUAGUGAACGAAGGAAUACUGCGAGCACCAUAGUACAUCGUGGCUCCAGUACAGAUGGAAUUGCAUUACCUAACCCGGUUCGGAAACCUUCUGUGUUGGGACCUUGCACUUCUUAUGGCCCAGAGACCAGUGAGGUGACACACAGCAACAUUAUUGUUACCUCCAGCCCUGAAGCUUCCCAGCCUGAGACAGGUCAGACCAGCAGUCGUUCGGAGCAGUCCGUUUCAGAUGGCGGAGACAUAUCUCCUGCAUGCCCCAAUGUCGACAUUGUCUGGGAGCCCCCAGCUGUAACCGACCUCCCUGUAGAAGAGAGCCAUGAAAAGGACAGACGGAAGACAAGGAGUGUGCGUCGCAGUGAGAGUCUGUGUGUGGAGCGCUGCCACUCUCGCCGAGGUGGCUCUACUCGGGCUAAACAAUCUCGUUCCCGUAGCGAUGUGGACCUUCAGUCAACUUCCACUUCCCAACCCCCUUCACCUUUCCCCAGGCCUAUCAAGUUAGGGGAAUCGCCAGUAAUGCCAGUUGAUGCCGUUUUUAAAGGCAGUACCUCUGGCUCCUCAACUCAACAAGAGCAAGUAGAGCCCAGGCUUUUGGAAUUAGAGCAGGACCCACCCAACUGGAGAGAGCUUGCUCCCAGCGAGACUCUGAGUAAACUCAGUAAGAAAGAGACAAAGAGGCAGGAAGUCAUCAACGAGUUGUUUGCAACAGAGCAUGCCCACGUGCGCAUGCUGAGCGUACUCCAGACAGUGUUUUCUCAUCCACUGGAAAAAGAAGGACUCUUGGAAUCUGCCGAGCUGAACGCAAUCUUCCCUAGUUUGGAUGAGAUUAUAGAAAUGCACUAUGCUUUCUAUGAGAAUCUGAAGAAGUUACGCCAAGAAGAUGGUUAUGUGGUUAACCAAAUCAGCACACUGCUGCUUAACAGAUUUAAUGGCUCAGAGGGCGAAUGGUUCCAGAAGCUCACAGCUCGUUUCUGUAGUCAUCAGUCAUGGACACUGGUUCAAAUCAAGAACAAGCAGAAGAAAGAUCCACGCUUCAAUGCCUUCAUACUGGAGGCUGAAAGUAAGCCACAGUGCAGAAGAUUACAGCUGAAGGACAUCAUCCCCAUUGAGAUGCAGAGGCUAACCAAAUACCCACUGCUGUUGGAAAACAUUGCCAAGAGCACAGAUGAUCAUGUGGAGAAGGAAAAUAUCCAACAGGCUGCUGAAUGCUGUCGAAAGAUCCUAAACCAUGUCAACGAGGAGGUGAAACACAUGGAGAAUCUUCUGACUAUAAGAGACUACCAGCGCAGGUUGGACACUUCAGGGCUGAAGCCCAGCAAUGAGCUCUACUCCGAGUACAGGAGCAUUGACCUGACAUUAAGAGCUAUGGUUUAUGAGGGGCCACUUACAUGGAGGGUGACUAAAGAAAAAGCUCUAGAUGUACAGGGCGUGUUGUUGGGAGACAUGUUGGUCCUUCUGCAGAAACAAGACGAUAAGAUGCUCUUGAAAUGCCACAGUAAGAGUAACAUCGCCGCCCAGGAUGGCAAACAAAUGCUCAGCCCCAUUAUUAAGCUAGAAUCUGCUUUCCUCCGAGAUGUGGCUACCGAUCGGAAGGCCUUCUAUGUUAUCUUCACCUGGGAGAGUGGAGCUCAGAUCUAUGAACUUGUGGCCCAGUCUGUUGCAGAACGAAAAAUAUGGACAGAUUUGAUAAAGUCGACAUCAGAUGAUUUGAAAAAGAAUGCUGGUCAUACGCUGGAUAGGAUGAGGCUCGGCAGCGUACCAAGUAACAGCUCUGUUCUGGGGUAUACUGCCUCACUGAACCCUCCACUCAGCCCUACUGACAAUGGAACAGAUGUGCUGAAAAACUCUGCUGGUCAAUAUAAGGAAAGCCUCACAGAUGAAAAGUUCAGGCACACUCAGCCUUCACUGAUUGACUGCUUAGCUGCCAAAGGAUUUGACCUACUGGCUUACAGCAAUGCUUCUCCUGAGCGGUCAGGCAAUGUGGCUUUGGAUGAAGUAACGUCCUUGAAGACACUGUUAGUCGGAAGUACCGGUCAAUCCAAGAAUGCUGAGCCUGAAGGGGAGAGUGGAGCAGAGCCAGCGAAGCAGGAGAAUGAAGAUAGUCUAUCACAAGUGGAAGAGCACAAUGUGGAGUCGCAGGAUGAAAAGGCAAAGGGAGAAGAGCAGAAAGCAGUAAUUGGUCCCCUAGUGCUUUCACCGGAGCAGAUGGAGGAGAUCAGCAGAAAACUGGACAGUCUGGAAGACCAAGUCAAGAGACUACAGAAUGUGGAGGAGGAGUAUCACAGACUACAGGAAGCCCUUGCUAAGUUCACUAUUCAAAGAGGCAACUACAACUGAGAAUCAUUCCAACCUGCUGGUCACCAGAUUGUCUGUAGCCCCAAGCUGAUGCUGUGGUGAAAGAGUCGCUGAAAGAAAUGAGAGAGAGAGAAUGAUUGUGUGUGUGUGUGUGUGUGUGUGUGUUUUAUACAGAACCCCUGGCCCAAAACCCAAACGAAGAUGACAGAAAAUGUGUACUCAUCCAUUUGUGUCUAUCAGGAGCUCAAAGAACAGCUCUCGAGUAUACAUUGAGGGAUGUGCUGAGGAAGGGGUUUGAUAUCUGCUGAUAUGUAUUUGAUUUUAAGUGUAAUUAUGCAGGCUGGAUAUGUUUGUUGGCUGGGAAAUGGAGUUCUUUUUACUCUUAUGUUUCUAUCAUAGAGCAGCAGCUUAGUUCUGGUCACAUGGUCACUGUAGAUAUACAGUAUUCUGUCUUUAGCAUGGUGGGGUGAGUGAGCAAGUUCUUGACAUUCUGCUCUUUCGAAGAACUUCACGUCUAUGCAUAAUUGUCAGAGCGGAUACAGAAAGUUGUUUGUUUAUUUAUGAAAGAGUAGCUUCGAUAGCUUUCACACAGAUUUUUUUUUUUUUUUUUUUUUUAAGACCAAAGAGGACCUAAUAAGCACGUUUCUAGCAGUGAGUAUGAUGGAUAGAUCUGAUGAGAAUUAUUUAGCUUUUACUUAUAUAACCAUAUGCAAGACUAGCAUGGAGAACACAAUUAAAAUGCACUUAAUUCCCUUUAUGUUCUAUGCACAUAUAUAAAUAAUAAAUAGAUUAUUGUGAGGAAGAAAACGCAAAGCAAACAACGAAGACUCCAUCCAGUUUAAAAAAGAAAAACGAAAUAAUGUCUCCGAUUUGAAAGCACCCUUUUAACGAUUAUAUGUUUCCUUCGCUAAAUAUAAACAUGAUUUUAUUUUGUUUUAUUUUAUUUUAUUUUAUUUUUAUUAGGCUUAACUUCCAUGAGCUCAUACCAUGAAGGUCAAACAAAAAUAGCCGGGAAAAUGAAUCAAUGCCUUUUGACAAAUCAAGAGUUGUAUAAAUACAAAUCUAAUACCUAGUUUCAUACUGACCAUAAUGGUGCUUUGAUGAAGAGGACUAAGCCGAAAUGGUGUAAUGCUCCGAAGUGGAUUAUUUUUGUAGCUCGUUUUGUGUCGAUCCACUCACACCACAGCGAUGACAAUUUUUUUAAUUUAUUACUGAACAUCACAUUUUUAACUGUUUAUAGUUUAAUGUUAUGGGAACGUUUGUGAGUAAAAAUGUUCCUGCUGUUGAUUGUUAUAGUGGUUAGAAACAGUCACUAUCCAGAAAACUAUUAAUCCAAAAAGCACAACCUUCGAAGUCGACUAACAUUAAAAAUAUUUUUUACCUUUUUCCUAGUCAAACAGCACGCUAUUUAUCCGUUUAUUAUUAGGAUUAGAUGGUGUGCCAUAUCCGUGUGUGUGUGUGUGUGUGUGUGAGCUGUUACUAUAGAAACAAUAUCGUGAGUUGUGUUAAAACAAGGACCUUAAUAGAAAUCAUGUAUCAUUUAUUAUAUAAAUGUUGCAGCCAGAGCCCUGAUACAGCGCCGGAACAGUAUGUAAUAACGUCAACCCACACCUUCUGACCAAUCAGAAUCGAGACUUCAACAGUUUUAUAAAUCUAAAUAAAGUGAAUAUUAACCGUAAUCUUCAGCUCUGUAGUAUUGAAACCACAGUUUGUAGAUGUCUAGCAGGGUUUUGUUUUUUUUUUUUUUAUGUGGAAAGUAAGGAGAACAUCAGCACAAACCAGUGGCAAUCAUCACUUCUAUAUAUUUUGUAUGUGUUUUUGCUAGCGCUCCUUCAGAAUUCAGUGAAAGUAAUUGCCAAAUACCAUAGUAAAAAUAUACCAGUAGAUGUGCCUAUUAUUAUUAUUAUUAUUAUUAGCAUUUGCACCAGGACCUCACACAGAAUUACUGAACUGUAUGAUGUGGCCCCUGUAUGAUGGGGGGGGGAUUU